AUGGAAAACCUUACACAAUUGAUUUAUGUGGACCUCUCAAUGAACAAGUUCAAUGGUUCUGUUCCAUUCUUCAGUAUGGCCAAGAAUCUGACCCCUAAUAAAUCUUUCAUCCAAUCUUCUGACAGGGCCUAUACCAUGUCUAUCUUUUAUCUCCAAGGGCUUAAGAUUCUUUCACUUUCUUCAAACAACCUCAGCGGCUCCUUUCCUCUUGAGCUUCUUCCACAACUGAAAAAUCUUUCGAGUCUUGAUCUUUCCUACAAUAGUUGUCGAUUAACUACAACACACCAAUUCCUCUGCCACUUCCUUUCCUCAAAUUACCACAUUGAAAUUGGCAUUCUGUCAAGGACAAAUCCCACUUUUUCCACAAUUUGCCUAUAUCUAGAUUAUUCAAGAAAUAACUUUAACUCCAGCAUACGGACUGACAUUGGUGAUUUCCUUUCUUAUACUACAUUCUUCUCUCUUUCAAGCAAUAAAUUUCAUGGAAGCAUUCCAGGAUCUAUAUGCAAUGCACAAAAUCUCAGACCUCAAUGGCAAUCAGAUAGGAGGUCAGUUUCCAAAAUCUCUAGCCAAUUGCACAAUGUUAGAGGUUUUGAACCUUGGAAACAAUCAAAUAGAAGAUACGUUCCUUGCCUGUUGACGAACAUAUCCACCUUGCGUGUUCUUGUGUUGCGAUCCAACAAAUUUUAUGGACGCCUUGGAUGCCCCAAUACCCAUGGAAAUGCAACUUGCGACAACUUUGAGUCCUUGGACCUUUCGAACAACAAAUUGGGCGGAGAAAUUCCAGCAGAACUUGCCAAACUCACUUUCCUCUCAUUCCUGAAUCUCUCUAACAAUCAACUGGUCGGGAAGAUUCCGAGCAAUGCACAGUUUCAACAUUUUCAGCAGCUUCAUUCACAGGUAAUAAAGGAUUAUGUGGGAUACAGUUGA